AUGUCAUCAUCAUCAAGUCGUCUUUCAUCGUCUCCUUCAAUUACGACUUCGACUCCGUCUCCAUCUCAUACAACAACAUCCUCUCCACUCUCUUCCUCUCCUCCUUCCUCUCCAUCUUCCUCUGGUGGUUCAUCUUCUUCAAGAUCGAACAGUGUCAAAUCAUCAACCAAUAAUAAUCAAUCCGUGUUGUCGACGGCCAGUACUGGAAAUAUUUCAUCAUCAUCCAUAAACUCUCAGCGAUCACGACGAUACACGGGUGGCAGCAAUGAAUUAUCGAGACCUUCCAUUGCUUCAAGAGAAGGAUGGAACGAGAAUACCAUUUUGGUGAUUCCUUCGAAUGCGUUGUGGGUGGAAUCAUUUUCUGAUGCUUCAUCGAAAGGAGGGGCAAAUAGUAGUAGUGCUGGUUCUGGUUCUUGUUCUGGUUCUGGAAAUGGUCAUUCUUCUCUGACAAGUUCUUCCAAAUUAUCGAGUAACAACAAAUCAUUUACCACAAAUCAUUCAUCAUCCAUGCAUGAUUUACAUGGUAUUAUUACUGCUGCUGAAAAAGACGAUUUCACUUUGAAAAGUGCCACACUUUCUGUGAAAUUUAAUUAUUCCAUUUGUAACACAGUCGUCGUGAAUGAGAGUAAUGUCAUGACCACCAAUCGAGCAGAAAAAUUGAGACAAAAAACUCAUCUUCCAAUUUCUGUGGGUUGUUUUGUUUUGGACAAGAAUGGAAACUUAGUCGAUGUAUUAACAUUGGAACAACCAAAAAGUUUAAUCACUGUUGAAAGUGUCGAGAACAUUCAAGGUUUAAAUUCUAGAAAAUGUGACUCGGGAUUGAGCUCUCCUCAAAUGGAAAAAGCAUCGCCCAACGUGGGUGGUGUGACCUAUGGUGAUCCACAAAAUGAAAAAAGCAUGACACGAAAUACCAUGUCGACAAGAACCAACGUUCCAAAUUUGCAUGAGAGUUGUACUCCUUUGCUUCGUAUUGAACAUGAAGUCUAUUCUGCUCAGAGUGAAGCCGAUCAAAGGAAAAAUUUGGGUCUGAGACGUUCACUCAGAUCAUCAUCCUCUUCAGAGACAUCUUCAACUCAUGGAUCUUCUACGAAUUUAAAAAAGACUUCCAUUGGUGGCUUUCAUUUGAGAACCGGUUCAACAGCAAUUAAUUCUCAAAAUUCAGGAUCGUUCAUUAAGAAUAAUGCUGUCAGUACUUCACCAGAAUCGUCACAAUCGGACUCACUGACCAUUGAUCGAGAAGUUGCAGAAGAAUGGACUGAAAUCAAACUUCAAAAUGUCAAACAAUCAUUUGUCAUGCAGAUCAGAAAUUGGAAACAUUUUUAUGAACCUCCUUUCACAUAUCCUGAUAUGGUGGAUGAUAUGAAACGAACAUAUUGGAGUCAUUUUAAAAAGUUUUUGGACGAUUUCACAGUUUCGACAACAAAGAAAUUAAUCACUCCCACUUCUGCAUCGAGCAAGCCACCAGGAACUCUCUCAGAAGAAUCUUCCACACAAAACCAUGCACCGAUAAACACUGAAGAUAGUGCUUUUAACUUUUGUAAACAAGCAAUUCAGAAUUUGAUGUUUUCCAAACACAAUGAAGAACAAGCAAAACACAUGGCCAAGUAUUUGAGUGAAAAUCCAUAUGGAGAAUAUAACAAGAUUGUAUUCUUUUUAGAAGGAGAUUUAAACUGCUUGGAAGGAGACUUGACAGUGUCGUUUGAAAAUUCAUUGGAAUAUAUGAAGCGUGAUUACAAUGAAUUGGAUUAUCGAGUGACUUUACCAAAAUAUAUUCAUCAGCUUAAUGUCUCGAUUAAUCAACCAUCUGUGAUGAAAAAGAAUAACAUCAUUUCCACAUUAUUUUCAAUGACAUUUGACAGGACUAGAAAGGAUUUUAUUAUUGAAACAGCCGAUCCAUUGAGCACUUGUUCAAACUAUUCAACACUUUCAUGUCAGCCUUAUCCUCUUCCUUACCAAUGCAACUUAUUUCACUUACCAAAAGUCAUUGAUGGCUUCAAUACGAGCAAACUCGAUUUAUAUCCAUUACGAGGAAAUCAAUCCUUAAUUUUACAAUCCAAAUCAGAUUCCACAAUUGGAGCCAAAACCUUUAACGGAGAAAAAUUAAGGAUACGACUCACAGAAGAAAACAGAGCGUUAGGUAUAAGACCUAUUCGAGUGAAUCAUUAUUGUCUCUUGUUGGAUUCACAGGGAAGUGUUCUCGAUGUGGUGUGUCAUGACAAGGCAAAAAGUGUUCACAAUUUGAAUGGAAAGCCAACUGUCACUAAUCACUUGGCUGAAAGCAUUUCUGGUAAUUGCGAUGUAUUUACCAAUGCUUUUGAUUAUUUUGACAUUACUAUGGAAAAUCUGAAGCAAGUUCAUGAAUUGUACAUUUUGUCAAUCAUUGGCGACGGAUAUGAAAAGAGUGAAAUUCCUAAAAUGGGACUUUCCAACACUGCAAUUAACAACAUUAGCAGUUUCUUGUACUUUGAUUCCAUGCUAGGAAUUUACUAUUUAGACAAUGAAAACAAUGAGGUUAAUAUUCGAAAUUUCUCCGUUAAUGCAAGUCCAAGCAAUUGCAUUAUUUGGUGCAAAAUGUCAUACACUGGCUGUGAAUCAUUUGCAUUCAAGUCCCUCGGAGAAAAUAUUACACUGUCACGAAAGAAUGGUGUGAGUGUUCUCUCUGAAGCAGUUCAUCAUUUGACUUAUUUCAAACCAAGCAAAAUUGCUCCAUGUCCUUCCAUUUUUGAAUUAACUCAAACCACUCUGGAAGGAGAAACUGUAUCAACCUUGGAAACACCCAUUCAAUUUUCUGUACAUUCUCCACUUCUUCUCAAAUUCAAAGGCAUUUCACACAACACUUUUGGUUCCACUGCCAUAGAAAAUUCAAAACCUUCCGUGUUAUUGAACAUCUUUUUAUUUGAUCAUGAAGCGUAUUUCCUUAAAAAGCAUACUAUUGAAUUGAAACGUGAAGGACCUUUAUUAGAUGGAACUGUCGAUCCAAUGGCUAUUAUUCCAAAACUUGUAGAAAAAACACAUGUUCUAUUUUGCAUCAUUUCUAUUUAUGAUGGAUCUUCGAGAGAGGUGAAACGUGUCUCUUUCGAAGACGAAGCUCAAAUGGAGGCUGUAGAGCCGUCCGUCCAGACCGAAUUGAAACGUCUAUCUAUCAACUCAUCGGCAAGUAGUUCUAAAAACGAAAACAAGAGUGACACAAUUCGAAUGGUUUCAGUUCUUGAUUCUAAAACCAAACAACCUCAAUUCACAUUUCCUCUUUCGGAAGUGUCAGCCAUGGCUCAAGUUGUGAAUGAAUACAACAUGCAAGUGGAUAUCGAAAGUCAAGCAAAACUCGAUCAUGCUGGAUACAAACAUUUAUUAGGAUUCAAAUUAGAAAAGAUGGAAAAUGAUCCAAAUGCAUGGCAAUUUAGUUUCAUUGGAGAAUGGAUGCCCAUUUCACAGGAGCGUGAGACGACAGUGAGAGACAAGGGUUGGAUUUAUCAUCUUUCUGAUCUCUACUUGAUGAAUAAUCCUACUUAUCAGAGAAGUACGAAUGAAAAAACGUCACAUGCUCCCUUACUUGCUCAAUCUCAGUAUAUUUGCUUUGGAGUUAAAUUUGAAGAUGUAACCAAAAAAUUGUCUCUCCGCAGUGAUCUUUGUCCAUUGACUUCUGGCAAGUCCAAGAAAGCCAUGACCUACAAACAUAUUGCUGAUCACAUGGUGUUGAAAAUGGAGGCUCUUUGUUACAACUGGAAAGGUGAAAUGAAGCAAACAUUAACAUCCUCCAACUCGAUGCCACUCUCUGGCACUGUUGAAAAAUACAUUUCUGAAGAUCAUACUCGAUUUGCAGCCGUCAUCGAUCAAAGUAAUCCUUUAAAUACCAAAGUGGAAUGGCCUGUAGAAGGAGAACAUGAUGAUGCACAGUUUUAUAUUGUUCUUGAUGAUAUUCGAAAUCAUUCCUUGGAUGAAGGUCUCAAAAGAGCAAGCAAUCGAUUAUCCAUUCGAAGAAACAAGUCUGAAUUUGCCUUACCAGAUCCAAAUACCAUUAUCUAUUUUUCAAUUUUAUUGAAAGUUCAUAUUGAAGUAUCUGGAAAUGACAUUUCUCCGGAUGAUGUGACUGAAUUAUUGUCACAAUUGAAUGCACUUCUCAAAAUUUACAACAUGGAGACCAAGAAUGAGGAUUGUCGUUUCAGUGUUUCUGCUUCUCAAAUUCCAUUCAAAACAGCAACUACUGCCGUAAAUUCAUCCUUUUUCUUGUGUAGUAUUAAAUGUCAGUACUCGAGUGAAAAUAAGGACAAAGCAUGGCACAUCACUCCAAUUUUGCAACGAAAGCAAAUAACUGAAAUUGGAAAGUAUUUAGCACCCAUUUCAAAAGUGCUUCAAGUUCAAAUUAUGGAAGCAUCUGAAUUACCAGUCAUGGACACAAUUUCUGGAAUGUGUGAUGGAUUUGUGACAGUUUACUUGAUUGAAAGUGAGGAAGAUUUUCAUUCAAGUAAGAAGAAGAAACUUUACAAAACGAACACCAUUAAGAAAAAUUUAAAUCCAAAAUGGAAUAACGAAGUAUUUUCCAUCAACAUUCAUGAUCAUUUAAGCAAAUUAGGACUACUUUUCACUGUGAGUGAUAGAGAUAUGCUUUCCACUGAAGUCAUUGGUCAUAUCUUUAUUCCAUGGGGAGACAUUGAAAAUCGAAGCGCAAAAUUUUAUUCCAUUUUGAAAAAUGUUUCCACCUCUCACACAGUGGAAGCUUCACCUUUAUCAUCUUCUGGACAAUUUUUAGGAAAAUUAAGAAUUCGAUUUGAAUUAUUAGGAGCUUCAAAGAAUAAUUUUGAUCAACCAUUAGAAUUGAUCAAAUCUACCCUAAAAAAGAUUAAGAAUUAA